UAACUUUACCUGUACAACGAAUAGGGACUGUUCUUCUUUGACUCUUUUAAGACUUGUUAUAUUGAAAAUCAAUCAUUACAGACGUCGUGGGCUGAAAGAUAAUGACUGUGCCGGGGUCCUCAGCGGAAUAACCAGCCACAAUGUGCGACAUUUCUUAGAAAUUGCUGGACUUAAGCGACGAAAAGGUACAGGUUCCAAGACAUUAUCGAUCAUAUAUUUCAUUUCUUGGUGUUUCUCUUUAUAGAAUCACAACUGCAAGUUAUUUCUCCGGAUAAUUAUAAGUUUAAUGAUGAAAAUCAAUCUUUGGUGUAUAAAAUGACACAGUGCAAUGGAAUUAAAGUCAGUUUUUGAUGGCGUUUGAAUUGAUGUAAGGUUUCCGUAAAGGAUGGAUAAAGCAACUUGUGUCUACUGAAGAAAUACCUCAACGUCUGAUUGAACCAUAGGAUGCGCCAGGUGUUUACAACUACAAGAAUAUAAACAAGUUUGGAAAUACUGAUAUCACUCAUAUGAGUCAAGUUUGGAGAAAUACGUAGUACAUUCAUCAAGGUACAGCUGAACUGUACACGUGUAUCCUAACCUACGUAAUAUGCUCAAAUACAAUUAAGAAAGCCUGUCCAAUAUAUAAAGACAUUCCUUUUAUGAGUCCGUUGAGAGACAUAUAAAUACAAUGGUCUUGACCAUUAUGGUCAAAAGUGCGAACAAGAUGUCAUUAGUUAUAACAUUUAUAAUGAAUAAGUGCAGUACAUUGUAAAGAACUUAAUUAGCCAUAUUCGUAUUAUUUCUUCUUGGGCAUAUGCGUGUUCAUUCAGGGUUUGUGAUUAAUAAUCAGGCACAAUGUUACAAGACACAUUGGAUAAAUGUCACUGCAUAUUCAACUUAUGACAGAUUUCAGAUUUAAUAUCUUUUUAUAGUAUUUCGUAUUCCGUGUCCAACAAUUCAUCGUAAAAUGACAGAUUUAAUCUGUAAAACGGACGCGACACGCCUCCAAUAUUUAGAGAAAUGUAACAGUAGAAGCAUCAGCAGUAAUCAAUCGUGCCUAGAGAAGUCUACAGCUGUCGCGGGAGAAGUAGCAACAACUCCGCGUCAACUCGUGCAUUCGCCCUCCGGCCAUCGAGCGCGCGCGUACUCACUCCAUGCCAGCCAUAACGCCUUCAGGGAGAGGGCGAAAGAUCACCAUAACAGGACUAGGCGUAAAAGUAUCGGCUCCAGUGGAGCUAGCGAAACACACACAUUAGAAAGCUACCUUAGUGUGCCAUUGGAACAGGUUGACUUGGAUAAAUAUUUUACAUCUGGAAUGGAAACGCAUGGCAGUAACAGCGAUGAUAGCGGAAGUGAUGACAAUCCACGUAUUCGGCGGGCUAGGUCGUUCCGAGAGCGUCCGGAAAAGACCAGUGGAGAAUUACGUCGCGUUCGGUCAUUCAAAACGACGUCCAAGGGUUUAGUCAAUCGUGGUGAUUCGUUCAAAUCGCGCAAAACAACGGAAUAUGCUGGAUGUAAAAUUAAAACUGACGAACCAGUGAUAAUAAAACCUGAGCAGAAGACAAUCAGCAGUUACGUCAUACCUAAGCUUGUGAUGACACAGUCUGACGACCAACAGCGUUUUUUCCGGGUGUUAAUGCUUGGGUCAGCAGGAGUUGGGAAAUCGUCCAUUAUUGACCAAUUCAUGACGUCCGAGUUUCUAGGAAGCGGCAGUUUUAGUAUAUCCCAGUCGGAGGACGAACGGGCGGUUACCCUGCAGGUUGACGGGGAGGAAUCAACACUCGAAUUCCUCCAGUCUGAGGAUUUUCAGGAAAACAUGGAGAACCUGUCCCUUGACGCCUUCCUGGUAGUGUAUUCUAUUACGGACCGGAGCAGUUUUGACCUGGCGGUCGAGGUCCUCAAACAAUUGCGGGAGGAGGUUGGAGCUUAUAAGGCCAUUAUCCUUGUCGGGAACAAGUCCGAUCUCGUCAGAAAACGAACCCUUUCCGCCGACGAAGGACGGGCUGCCGCCGACGGUUACGACUGCAAAUAUAUAGAGACGUCGGCAGCUCUGAACCAUCGAGUGGAUGAGCUGCUCGUCGGCAUUCACAAACAAAUCAUGCUGAAAUUCCAGUCCGUCUCAAGCGAAGAUCAAAACAAUCAUGUGGCCAAGCUAAAAACGAGGAAAAGUUCCUUUAAAAAGACAAAACGUUUCCUUGAGAAAAUAUUCCUCGGCUCUUCCGGAAAGGACAAAAAGACAGAAAACCUUUACGUUGAUUGACACUUGAUGCCUCUGAUAUGUGCUAUUGUUAGAACGAUGAACAUUUAAUACUGAUGGGACCAUUAAUGGAUUUAUCACAAUUCGUGUCUCCCAUUAUUUUGAUUGCGUCUGACGUGUUGUUGAAUUUGAACAAUCGGAUAUAUAAGCGCAGGACAUUGUGGGUCCUUUUAUUCAAUAAAUAGGUCACCUUUAAAGGUUUUGCUAUCUUAUAUACAUCGAUGUUUAUUAAUGAUGACGUAUUUCUAGAAGUAUUUGAAUUUGGAUGUGCGUCAGUCAUCAGUUAGGUGUUAACACUAUAUUGCAUUGAUGAAAUAGCAAUAAGAAUAACAUGCCUACAUGGUGUUAGUUGUAGUAUUUGAUGAUACCACUUUUUGUUUGAAUGUGUGAUUUUUAAUUAUAAAUAAUAAAUAACUAUAUCAAAUAAAUACAAAUAGCUUCA